GCACGAGGCGUACACAACGCGACUCGCUCCACGUGCGCCGCGCGAUGACAACGUUCCGCGUGCCGCUUCCCGCGGUCAUCAGUGUCGUGACGAUCGCCGUCCCACUCCGCCGAUUGUCGCUGCAACUCUCCUGCGCGUGAAGUUACGGAUCGUCUCCCCUUCAUACACACCAGCGCCACCGGGCAAGGAGAAUUCGCGGAUGGCUGAAGUGUUGGCUGGAUCUUGAUCCACGAGCUGUUGCUAGGCAAGGGGAUGACUACAAGCUGUGCGUUGAGUGGAUCUGGAUCCGUGAGAGUUGCCAGGCAAGCCAACAUUUUGCAGUGAUGUGAAUCUGUCAGUCUGCCAUACAGUUCGCUGAAAAAUUGCAUCUUGUUCCUCCGCUGAACUGUUCAUGGAAGGAAAGAGAAAAGCCCCGGGGUAGAAAAGCGACGACACUGUGUUUUGUGGAUCUCUACAUUCCUUCAACGAACCGAUGGUGUGGACGCUACCUUAACACUGCCAUACUAGGAUUCAUGGUAGGUGAGACGCAAAUGCAUCGACAGUACCACCCUUGUGGGGAGACUGUAAGAUAACAAAGAAUGGAACAUGCUGAAGGGGAAAGUAGGCCAAAGCUGACGGAGACGUUGUCAUGGUGAUCUUUUGUGACGGAAACCCCCGCCGCUUGCUCUCUGUCCAAGUACGAGAGUACCGUUAUUGACGUCACGGUAGUGUCCUGAUGGCGCACACUUCUGCCAGCGUCGAGGAUUGGCUGGACGCCAACCCUGAUGUCAUGGAAGACUAUUUCCUUCGCAAGGCCGACAUCGGCCUCGUCAACCGCUGGCUGACGCAGCACGGGCUGAACGCGCUGCCGGAGAUGUCCCCGGUCAUCGGCAAGCACAUGUCGUUGUCGGCUGAUAGCAGCGCCCCCUCUUCCCCCGUGGACACCCGCUUCGGGGAGUCCGGGUUCUUCGAGUCCCGCCACCACCGGUCCAACUCCAAGAAGUUCCGGACGUACGAGCCCACCCCGGAUAGCAGUGCGGAGUCCCGCCGCAGCAGCCUGAAGGAGAUGCGACAGUUUCGCUCCCUGCCCCCCACCUCCGUCAACAUGCUGAGCCUGCUGAUUCAGUCCAAGGUGCGCCUGCCCAGGUACCCCAGCAAAGACAUCGACCACAAGCGCGAGCUGCGCUACACCAACGAGCGAGCCUUUUUUCUGGAGAUUGUCAAGGAUAUCUCCAACGAUCUCGACCUCAAGUCGCUGAGCAGCAAGAUGGUGGCCAACAUGUGUUGUCUGACCGACGCCGACAAGGCUUCGCUGUUCCUGGUGGAGGGUCGACACGGUGGGCGACCAUCCCUCGUGUCCAAAAUCUUUGACGUUCACGCGGGGACUAGCAUCCUCCCGUCCACCACGGGGGACACCCGCAUCCCUUGGGGCCAGGGGAUCAUAGGACACGUGGCGCAGACCGGAGAGAUGGUCAGCCUGCGGAACGCGAUGGAGGUUUUGAUGAUCAAAGAUUUAAAAGAUGGAAAGAAGUCUGCAGCCAUCAUGCCCAAUGAAUGGCUAAUCCCAGAGAGCACCAAUAGAUAUUUCUUUGUUAAAAGAGCCCUGGCUGUGAAAGCAGUACAUCACCACUUUGUAUUCCCCCCACCAGCACAACCAAGACCUGUGAGAUCAGUUAUGUGCAAACUCCAUCUUCUAUCAGACUUUCUUGGUCUGUAGAUUCUCCAGCACAGCCAGGACCAUUUACUGCUAUUAACAGGCCUCAAUCACAUAUUCUGAGUUAACACCAGCAGCAUCUUCAGCAGCUGCUACUGACAGGGCCACCAUCUACUAUUCCUGCAUCACCAUCGUCAGCACCAGCAACAUCUGCUAGCAACUUACAAAUGGUUCCAAGUUAUUUUGAGAAAACUUUCAAAAAGAUACAAGAACUCCAGAACAGUGUAGAGAUCCUGCAGCGAAAGGUGAACCAGCAAAGCAAUGUGGCUGCCAGCCAUACAACUCCUGCCCCUCCAGAUACCUUCCUCUUUCCACUGCAGGAAGUUUAUCAACUGAAGUGGUUAAACGAUACUUUGGCAGAGGAGGAUAACAGACAAAAAUUGGUUUUGUAUGUGAGCUAUUUUGGUGGCCGUACACCAAAGAGGCUGAAGCAUCUGCUUGCUCCAAAACUAUUUUAUACAGCUUGGAAGGGAGGAAGGAGAAACAAAGAUCUAACACCUUGCAACAUUUAAAAGCCACAAUUUAUGAGCCCAUACUGAAACGAUACAACGAUGUCACAAUGGCCACUUUGGACAAGUAUACCGGGGAAUGGCUGGCCGUAUCAGGUGACUGUGAUGGAGGCCACAAGUGGAGGGAGGAAAAAAAGCAACAAAGUGUGUCGAACACUUCAUCUUGAUGUCAUUUUGGAUGGGUGCUUGUAUAUAUUAUGUGAAUUGCAUGAGUUUUAUACUUGGGUGUUUUAUGGCCUUUUGGAGGGGUAUUUGUAAAUAAUAUUAAUACCUUGAUAUUUAUUUUAUGUUUAUUCAUUUAUAGAUCUUUUGAGAGGGGUGUUUACAUUUAGUAUUGGUUUAUAUUUUAUGUUGGUGCAAUUUUUUUUAAUCUUUAUUGACAGUAAGUAGAAAUAAAAUGGCUAUUAUUCAUUUUUACCAUGUUCUCCUGGUUAAAUCGUGAUAAGAAAAUUGUGUGUCUGCUGGUUAUGAUAGGGAAUAAAUAAUGUAUCUUAAUAUGGUUUUUGAUAAUAUAGAACAACUUGCUUCAAUAUAGCUAUUGUUAGUCUUGUUCUAAUGACUUGUCAACUGAAGGACGUUUUACAGACCAAAACAAAUGACAAUGUUUUAAAUGUAUUGAACCAAGCUGUCUUCAGCUACAAGACUGCAGCAAACUAGGGUUGAUAUGGACCACCAAAUACAUCAUUGGGGCAUUAUUGGUUGAAUGUGGGGUUUCUAUGGGCAAUGCACGAAUGGCCCAAGAUUGGGAUAAGAUGGGGGAUACCUUGGUACCAAGAUUCGACCAAGACUUGCCCAAUCUUGGGCCAAGCGUGGCCCAACUAUCACCUCCAAUGAAGAUCCAAUGAAAAGACCAAGGAAGAGCCAAUAUUGGUAUCAAGGCUGACCAAGGAUGCACCAAGCUUGGCCCAAUCUUGUCGAGGCUCUACAAGAAAGGAAUCCAGUCUUCAAGCCACCCAGUCUUCUUGGUCUCGUGUUGUCGGAAGAAUUAUUACG